CAUAAGUGAUAAUAACUAUCAUAAGUUUGAAUUAUCAAUCAACUUCGAAUAACAUUUCGUAUUCGUAUCAAUCGUAUCUUACCAUAAUAUCGCUACUAUAUCCUAUGUAAACUGUUAUGGUGCUAAACUUCUGUAGUUCUGUAAUAUUGUUAUAGUCACUAUUUAUUUAGUAUUUACUAUUUAGUACUUCGGAAACAUUGGGACUUGAUAGUCGCUACUCGCUACUCGCUAGUCGGUGUGCGUAAAUGGUACAACGCUGUCGUGCUGUUCCUUAAAUAAAUAUUUCGUAUUAUACAUUUAUAUUGCCGUUGACAUAAUGAAUACGUCCACACAGUACAGUAUGCGUUGGGAUGACUUUUCAUCCCAUUUCACAAAUGAAUUUGUGUCUCUACGGAAUGACGAACAAUUCGUCGAUGUCACAUUAUGUUGCGAUGAUCAGUUCAUCAAAGCUCACAAAGUUAUUUUAUCAGCAUGCAGUCCUUAUUUUAAAAAAAUACUCAUGAUGAAUCCAUCGAAACAUGUCACGGUUAUUAUGCACAACGUGGAAUAUGAACUCAUGAAAACUUUAGUUGACUUUAUGUAUUUAGGAGAAGUACUUGUAAAUCAAAAUAAUGUUGAUAGAUUUUUUAAAUUAGCCAAAACAUUCAAUAUAAAAGGAUUUCAAAAUGGAUUCAAUAAAAAUGAAAGUUCAAUUUUACCUUCUUUGUGUGAAAAUGUAGAACAAGAUGUGCCAAAAAACGAUGUUAUUGAUUCUAUGGAUAACCAUGAUGAUGGUUUAUUUGCUAAUCAACUAGAUCAACUCAAUCAACUUGUGAAUCCCAAUGAAAUAAUUAAACGAAGAAAAAUAGAAACAAAUUAUUGGCAACAAUCUACUGAAACAACGCCAUCAACACAACCUGAAAAACAGAGGUGUCAUUCUUUAGAUCCACGGCCAUGUCCAGAGUGUGGGCGUCAGUAUAGUAGUUUAUCUAACUUAAGGCAACACAUUGAAUUAAUUCAUAAACCUGGUUGUGUCGUUUGUCCUUUAUGUGGUAAAACAUUCAAAAAUAAGCUUUACCUACGGCGGCAUUUUAUUAGUUUUCAUGAAAUGUUACCAUCCAAAGUUCAAAAUACAUCUGAUCCAAGUACACCUUAUACUUCAACACCAUUACAUUAUCAGUCUGAUCAAAACCAACAGAGAUUACAAAUCAAAGAACAGUCUAAUACCCAACAACUGAGUUCUACUUGUUUUGAUCAAAGUAUACAUCCACGUUAAGUAAAGCUAAAUGACAAAUGUAAUGUUACUUUUUCUAAUAAUUGUUGUUAUUGUAUUAUUAUUAAGUAUUAUCAAAGGCCACAGGUUAAAGCAUCUAAUUUUAAAUUAAAAAUAUUAACUUUUUAUGUGCAAUUAUAUUAAAUGUAAAUACUUUAUUCUUUAUUAAAAAGUAUGCUAUUUUUUGUAGACACAUGUUCAAUGAGUUUAUAGGGUCUUAAUCUUCCAGAACAUUUUCUAUGAUAUGUUUUUUUUUGGUUUUUUUAAAGUAUUUUAAUACUUGGAUUCUAAACCAAUUAUCUUUAGUUAAAUUCUGG